UAAACUAACCUCAUGUAUCAUUUGAUUUGCAGACAAACCUCCAACUUCAGAUUCUAAGUCUGGCAGUGGGAAUGGACCUUGCAUCAUAUUCAUCAUUUUAUUAAAUUCAACCAUAAUUCUUAAGAUUUUUCGAAUUAGUAAAUAUUAAGAUAAAAUACAACUUCACAUGUUUUAUUACUUUUAAAAGCUGAAAUCGAAAUAAUUAUUGUUUAAAAUAUUUGUUAGCACUUCAUUGUUGGGAACUAUUUUCAUUUAAAACAUAAUUAAGGUAUUAAUAUGUUGGUGGACUGAAAUUGUACAAAGUUUUUAUUACUUUAUAAUAAUGUUAAUCAUAUUAAAACAUAAUCAAUAUCAAAAUUAAAAUAAAUUUCAAAAUAAUGGUUUGUAUAAAUUACUCGUACGUCAUUAGAAAAGUCUAUGUUUAAGUAAAAUUAAAUUUUAGUUUGUAAGAUCAUUAAUAUUAUUAAACAUAUUGGUACUAGUUCACUAGUGCUUGGCUCGAUCAAGAUCACAUAUACAUGGAGUGCCGAAAAUGGAGUGUCUGAAAUUGAUUUGUCUGAAAUCAUACGAAGUUCUAUUGAUCCGAUCAUUAUUUGAUAUGCAUUACUAAGAUGAGAGUGCAACUAUAGCCCGUAACCACACGAAGGGAGGGGAUCAAUGCAUAUAUAAUGUUGACUGCACUUCUAUUGAACUGUCACAACUUGAUCAUCCACUGUCUAGUAUGGAAAGGGUUCUGAUUCUAGUACUUUGCCUCACUUCGGUUGCAAACGGAAGGACAACUCUGAUACAAAAACGUAGCUUAGAGUUUGAUCAAAGUAGAGAAAGCACACAUGAAUUUCAACCUGAGACGAAUUAUAACAUUCACGAAGACAUUGAAAAAAUUGAACACCAACAAUAUAGUGACCAGGGUUCAGUAAAUUUGGAAUCUAAUGGACAUGAAGGAGUCACAUUUCAAGGAGAGGAAGGAAGUCAUUCUGUCCAUAGUUUGAGUAAUCAACAUCUUGGUGUACAACAUGGAUAUUUUCUUAGUCAUAAUUUUGGUAAUUCUGCCGGUGGUGAAGAAGAAAAGACGAUCGGACAUAUUGAUGGAUUUAAUAAUGAAGAAAGUAACAACAACGAAGGAAAAGAAAUAUCUGGAGGUGUUAGCUAUCAAUAUGUGCAAACUGGUGAUCAUCCAAUGAUAGAUAAUGAUUCUAAGGGGUAUAAUACUUUUCAGGAUCAAGAAGGAAUUGUUGAAAAAUAUAUAACUCAUGGAGAGCAAGAAAGUCACGAAGAAAUAACAGGAAGUAAUGAUUAUGGAUAUCAAGGAACUGCAGAUCAUGGUGCCCAAUAUUCUUUCGGGAACUUCCUACACCACCAAGAACCGGAAAUCAAUGAAGUAACAAAGGUAAUCCCCGUUCAUAAAACGAUCAACAUACCACAGCACCAUGAGGUCCAAAAACUCCUGAGGAUCCCCGUACCCGUCAAAGUUCUUGAACCGUUCCCAAUCAAGAUCCCUAUACCUUACGCCGUCGAAAAGACGGUCCAUGUACCAGUAGAGAAAAUUAUUAAGUACCAAGUUGAGAAACUGGUUCCAGUUAAAGUGGAAAAAACGGUACCGGUACCUUUUGCAAAACCAUAUCCGGUACCGUUCCCAGUCUACAAGCUAAAAGUGAUCAUUCAUUCCGGAAGUAUGGGCCACGAAGAGUGA